AUGACAACAAUUACAACCACAUCGAUGGAACAACCUCUACUUCCACAAUACAUCAUUGAUGAUAUAUUAAGAACAUGUUGGAACAUUAGGAUUAGUCCACGACUCCUUUAUCGUAAAGCAUUUGGUGAUGCACUACGGAUGGCAUUGGUGUCUAGACAUUGUUUCGAUCUCAUCUCACACAAGUUCCACUCUGUACAAUUGGACAUCACUUAUGAGAAUGAAGAAAAGCUUCGCUCAAUGCUGGACAGGAUUGUGAACAGGCCACUCUGUGUACUAAAGACAAUACGUCGAUUGCGUAUCUUCCAACAUUGCUUAAAGACUUUGGUGGAGGUAUUGCUAUCCAAUCCAGAUUAUUCUGUACCAUUUCAAUCACUAGAGUCACUAAUCGUGGAGACCAGAGGUAUUGGUAAUGAUUACAUCAACCAGGAUGCCAUCGUCAACUUCUUUGCAUUCACACCCAAGCUGGCCAGUAUACAAGUGAUUGAUGUAGAACCUAAACGUACAAUCGUGACACCAUACACCAAGAUGUUUGAUGCUCUUUUAAAGUUGCCACUGGUAGAGUUCAUCUUCUUCUCAUACAACUCUGCCAUUCACAUCAAUGCCGUGGAGGACUAUCUGUCCAAUGAACAAGGACUACUUGAGAAUAUAUCAAUACCAUUCUAUUCGGAAUCAUUCAAAGGUGAAGAGAUUGGUCCAAUCUUGUCAAGAAAGACACAUCUCAGAGAGUUGUCAAUCAAGAUCAACUCACCUGUCAAGCUCAAUGGCAUCAUACCAAUCACCAAUCUAUCAAUCAACAUGUCCAACAUUGAAUCCAACUUUAGUCUCAUCUCACAGGUUUCCACAACACUGAGGCAUCUUCGACUGUCAGGCAUGAACGUUGUUGGCGAUGCAACACAUCCAAAAUAUCUACAAUGUGUCGAUCAGUUCAAACUUGACCAACUCCAUACAGUAGAGCUGCAAGGUUGUAACACCAGACGAAUUGCACCAGAGCUGAUCGAAGCAUUCCUUCAGUCCACAAGAAUAAGAUGUCUAAUCUAUCAUACAGUGGACCCUGCCUAUAUGGAGAGCACGAUCAUCAGCAUUCCAGAGAUACAAACAAUGUGCCAAACUGAACAAGGUUAUUCAACCUCAAACAUAUCAAAGGAGUUGGUGGCCGUACUAAUCAUUCGAAAGAUA